ACCCCACCCCUGAGACUGGAGCUGGGACCCUGGAGCCUGGACCUCACCCCUGAGGCUGGAGCUGGGUCCCUGGAGCCUGGACCCCACCCCUGAGACUGGAGCUGGGACCCUGGAGCCUGGACCUCACCCCUGAGGCUGUUGCUAGGGCCUGAGCUCUGGGGCGGUGUCUGGAGCCUCCCAGGGUGCGUAUGCCCCCUUGCCCUCUGCAGCAGUUUUAUGGCUCCCUCCUCCCUGAGGAUGAAUCCUUGCCAGAGGUCGCUGAGCCCGGAGACAGCCUGCACAGAGACCAGCAAAGGAGUGGCUGCCCUUGCCAAGGGGAGCCCCCUCGCUGAGGAGGAGUUGCCCAGAAUGGGCUCCAAGGCACCGGGAUGCAGGGGCCAAACCACCUCCAGCCCUCUGCUGCCUUUCAGUGUGGAGUCCCUGCUGAUCACAGAGCGCAAGCUGUGUCCCCGGAGCAGCCGCCCUCACCAGCCACACCCUGCUGCCACUGCCGAAGUGCCACCUGCCCGGGCCCAGAGCAGCUUGUACACUGCAGAGUCAGGCCAAGAUUUCCCAGAGCAGCGGGCUAAGCAGCAGCCACCAGCAGUGGAGAGUCCUGGUGACAAGGAGCCCAACUCCUGGUUUGCAAAGUCUGCCUGUUCUCCACCAAGGCAGCCAAGCCCUCCACCCUGCACUCUGAGGAAGCACAAGAACAAUCGCAAGCCCCGCACGCCCUUCACCACCUCGCAGCUGCUAGCACUUGAGAGGAAGUUCCGGCAGAAGCAGUAUUUGUCCAUCGCCGAGCGGGCUGAGUUCUCCAGCUCCCUCAAUCUCACAGAGACCCAGGUCAAGAUUUGGUUCCAGAACCGCAGGGCUAAGGCCAAGAGGUUGCAGGAAGCAGAGCUGGAGAAGCUCAAACUGGCCACCAAGCCCUUGCUGCCCUCUUUUGCCUUGCCCUUCCCGCUGGGAGCACACGUGGGCUCCCCCUCCCUGUAUGGAGCCACCAGCACUUUCCCCGGUAGAGCAGCCCUGCAGCCUGUCCCAGGUCUCUUCACAGCGCCAGUCACCUAUGGCAUGUACUACCUGUCCUAACAACCUGGUGCAGGGACCAGGGUCUGUGUGCCCCGGCCUGUGCUGCCGCACAUGGGGCGGGCAGCACAAUAUGCGGGCCUGCAAACCCACUUCUUCGCUGGUUGCUGAUUGUGGACUAGCCCCCUUCUGACCAGCAUGCACUGAGUGGCUUACAGCUGCUGAGGGUCAGUCCCUGGCUGUGGAACAGCAGGCGAAAAUCCACUCAGAAUAGUGUUUGGGCUUCAACACUGAAGGAUCGCUGCCUCCCAGAUUGUAGGCAAGAAAAAGUUCCUUCCCCAUGGGCUCCCUCACUGCAGCACUCCUGUGCAAUGCACUUAUUCCCAGACCAGCUGGCACAGGGAUGAUUUUAGCUCAACUGUGUCAGGUUCCUCUUGAUCCUGGGGUGAAUCUGAUCCUGUCUCCCAGCCUCUGAACAGGGGAGACCUGAUCACAGUACGACAGGAAGUUCCAAUCUAGUUGUAUUGGUCUCUAAUGGCCUUUCCUCUUAGCGUCUUCCCUCUCCCAAGCAUAUCCUAGUCUAGGGGAGCUUGUCCCUGAGUGUUUACAACAACCCACAAGUCACUGGUCUCGAUGCUGGGGUUGCAGAGAGCAGGUCUCUGGCCUGUGUUGGUCUGACUGACUCAGUGUGAUGGUACUGUGUGGCCUGAACACCUGUGGAUGCUAUUGUGCUUGACACGGAUACUGCAGCACUGCGUGAGAAGCCUGGUGCUUCCCCUGCUCCCAGUGCUGCAUGGCAGAGCGCGAGGUGUUGAAGGACGAGAGUAAAACAGCAGAAAGCAGAGACCGUUCACCCCUGCCCACCAACACACGCACAUUCUUCCAGAACCAGCUUGGGUUUAGUUAAUUAGCCCUCCUCAGUGACCUCCUCUUCUCCCCCCCCCCCCACCCCGACUACCCCUCUGCAAGGCUCCCUCUGGCAUGAAUGAGUUCCACCCAGUCAUGACUUCACGGUAUGGGACCAAUGGGCCUGACUCUACACCCAUUAUUUCCUGAGCAGCCAGCCCUACGGAGUCACCCUAUUGCGGGAUGGAGCUCUGCCAGGUCCGUGCUGCCUUCCGUAGGGCUGGCAGUGACUCGAGGCCAGGUCCCUUAGUGCUCUCUUGCUGUAAAUAGGGGACAGUCUGAUUUUUGUAUUGGUCACGAGGGGGCUGUAUUUCAGGAUACUAAGCUGUUUAUAGGUGAAUGCUCACUAGUAUUCACAGAUGUCUAGGCUGUGUGCAUUUCAGCCCAUGUGAAAGACACAGAGCUAAUUCCAUGUACAUAGUUUGGGUUUUGUACAGAGCCCUGAAUGGGCUGGGGCAGAAAUCUCCCUGUUUUGUACAAAGCAGCCAGUCAAUAAAGCCUCUAAGUUAAUCAAG